UCGUCAUCUCGCAUCACAAUCUCUAAUCUCUCCAUUGUCUCAAUUACCUACACACCUAUCUACUUGUACGCCUCCUACUCCUCACUUACUCGAGUCACCUAUCUACCAACCCAUUCAACUCAGUCAGCAUUUGCCAAGGUCAAUUCCACUCAACAAGCUCAUAAUCAUGAAUCCUUGACCAUCGAUUGCCCAUUUUCGCGUAUCCUGGUUGCACCUUGAAGCGGUCCCUCGAGACCCUUUCAAACGGGCAGCAAAUCCCCAAUCCUGAUGUUCUAAAACACAACUUCUUCUGCUCUGUUAGAGCUUAACCGAAGCAGCGAAUUAAAGAAUAAACCGACCUAUUUGACCGCGUCCCCGAUGUGCUUCAUUAUGCGGAAGCGAACGAAUAGCGCGACGCCGACGCGUACGGCCACUAUGCGACGCCAUCUCUCUUUCAAUCCCGAACUCGGCCCCAAUUCGAUGAGGGGACUUAAACGAGCGAUCGCUUUAGCUUCAUUUAUUACACCAGCGGUCAUACACCAGGACGGGGAAGAGAUUUACCUAAAUGCUUCUAUCCAGCGCCAUUUGCGGAGAGUCUACGAUGUUCUCCGUAAAAGAGACCCCAUCCUAUCCCGCACAACUUUCGCAAACUUCCUUGAGACGGAACAAGGCGAAGUAUCACCAGACCUGACAGAGGAAGGAUAUAAUUUCCAACAAUUUCUCGAAGUCUGGUUGCUUCAUUUUGGCCUUCAAGCGCAGUUACCUGCUCCUACUUCAGACAAAGAUCUUUCGAAGCCUCUUAGCAACUACUUCAUUAGCAGCAGCCACAACACAUACCUAUCUGGUAGUCAAUGGACCGGCCGAAGCACGGCGGAUGCUUAUAAGCGUGUCCUAAGAAGGGGAUGCAGGUGCGUGGAAAUAGAUGUCUGGAACAAGGACUCUCCCAACAACACCUCGGAGCAAUCAAGGGACCCUUCAGCGAAGCCAGCCUCUAGGUUCCAGCACGUUCGUGGCCUCUCCGGCGGAAGCUUACAUACCGUUGCUGCCCAUAUUAAGGACACAGUGGAAGAUAAGAUCGAGAAAACUCGACAGCGGCUAGGCGUUGAGAAAGUUCAUAGCCGUAGCCCAAAAUGCAACAAACACGAGCUAUCACCGCCGCCCUUUGGCCGCGAAUUCGGCGCAAAUCUCGACCCGGCGUCUCUCCUUGGCGACAUCGACACGGAACGUUCUUCUCUACGAUCCAGACCAUCAAUACCCCCCGACGAACCCAUUGUGAUGCAUGGCUAUACGUUUACCUCGCCCGUCGGAUUCCGUGAAGUUUGUAGAGCAGUCCGCGAGGUUGGCUUUGAGACGACCAAUUUACCCAUCAUUAUUAGCUUAGAGGUCCAUGCCGACCCAGAGCAACAGGAGACUAUGGUUCAGAUUAUGAAGGAAGAAUGGGCUGGCCUAUUAGUCGAGAAGCCACAUGAAACCUGUCCUAAUGGCCAAAUGCCAAAACUAGGAGAUAUGCUCAACAAGAUACUUGUCAAAGUCAAAAGGGCUUCGCCAUCAUUGGAGAAUGCGGCCACCAUGUCGACACUGUCUCCUAAUCCAACAAUAGACGAUGAUGGAGAUGCAUCAGAAGAUGACAGACCGAAGAAACCAAAGGUGCCUAUAUGCGAAAGCCUAAGUGCUCUUGCUAUUUACACCCACAGCGAACAUUUUACGCACUUCGAGUCCCCAGCCGCCAAAAUCCCUUCGCAUAUAUUCUCGAUAAACGAGGUGAAAAUAUUGGAACUCAUAACCUCUAAACAUCAAGAGUUAUUUUCCCAUAACCGACACUUCUUCAUGCGAGCUUACCCAAAGGGUCUUCGUGUCGAUUCAUCAAACCUUGACCCUUCCCCAUUCUGGCGUAAAGGUGUACAAAUGGUGGCCAUGAAUUGGCAAUCCUGGGAUGAAGGCAUGAUGCUUAAUGAAGCGAUGUUCUCAGGCGAGCAAGGCUGGGUGCUAAAGCCCCCAGGCUACCGCAGCGAUGACCCAGCGGGACCAUUUGAUGUCAUCCCGACCCGCACUAUCGAUUUGAUCAUCAUAGUACUCGCGGGCCAACACCUUUCACCACCUGAAGACGGUCACAACACCCAUUUGAAAUCCUUGAGGCCCGUGGUGAGGUGUGAACUGCACAUCGAGAAGGCAGAAGAGCGUUUCAAGGACUUGAUAGAAGGAGGCGGGAGGGUACACGAAUGUGAAUACAAGCAGAAGACGAGGGCUGGGAAGACGGAUCACCCGGACUUCGGCAACACCAAAAACGACAUUCAUUUUCUAAGUGUCCGGGGUGUCAUGGAACAGCUAAGCUUUGUGAAAUUCAAAGUCGACGACGCGACGCGCCUCCGCUCACUAAAUCGUGAUUCCUCACUCGGCUGGGCAUGCAUCCGUCUUGACCGCUUGGCAACGGGUUACCGCCUCAUUCAUCUUUUGGACGCCAACGGCAACGAGACCCAGGGACGUCUCCUAGUUCGUAUCGACAAAAAUUACCGAUAGUCAUCGAUGGGGUUUCACGUGAAGGUGCGAAGUCGGAGCUAAUUGGAAAAGCCACGACUCUGCCCAUUGCCGUUUGCACAUCAUAACAAGGGGGAUCCAUGUCUACUUGCCGUGUAGGACCGCAUAUAUCAAAAGCCACGAGUCUUAUCUUUCCCUUUCUGUCCCCCAUUUCCGGGACCAAAAGC